AUGAUUUUGGGCCUUGUUGAACAUUGGCUAAAGCUAUUACUCAACAUUAUCCACUAUAUAUUUAUACUGGCCGCCUGGGUUUACCGCAGAAGGUACUUUGUCGUGUAUAUUCCACUCACAAUUUCACUAUGGCUCUACUAUGAAAUCAAAUACACCUCUCCAGGAUGCACUUUCUAUUCUGGUAGAAAAGCCGCGAGAUUGUUGAGUAGUUGUAAUUUCGUUUUUAAAUCGUAUCGCCCGCCCAUUUACAUCUUUUCAUGUACAUUACAAUGGUUGUAUAUGUGCACAUUUAACAAUUUGGAGCUACUAAGCCGUUUACUACAUUCUAACUAUUUCGAAUACCUGGGAUAUUUGCGCCGCCCCUUAUACUAUUGGAUCUCAAUAAUCUGUAAAUUGCUAAUCAAAUCUCCCUUUUUUAGAAGAUUAUAUAAUUACGAUGUUUUUAUAUCGCAAAGGGAAAUAAUUGAAUCUUAUGGCCGUUCUCCCAUAAUUUUGGACUGGUAUUUGCCUCCUUGGCUAGUAAAAAAGUGCAGCAAAUGUAACAGGGCCAAACCCUCACAUCAAUUUAUGAAGUGUAACAACCAGAGAUCGCAUCACAUAAACAGUAAAACUAAUCAAAGUUUUUCAUUAAUCCCAUCCGAUAAAUCUUUUUGCGACAAUUACGGUCAGGAAUAUCAACGCCAUUUUUUUGGAAAAAGAUUAAAUUCAUUGGAUAAAAAAUCAGUGGAUGAUAAUCUCUCCUCUGCGGAUACUCGCGAGCUAUAUAGAUCCAAUACGAUGAAAAUAUCAAUUAAACCAUUCUCCAGGUUUUCUUUUAGGCGUAAAAAUUCUUCGGCUGACCAAACUAAACCGCAACAAAUUACGCUAAACGAUAAUGGGAGGCCUAUUGAUUCCGGAAAUUUUUGUGAUGAGUAUUAUUUUGAGGAUUUGAAUAUGAAUUUUGAUGAAAACGCAAAUAAUACCCAAUAUAACUGUUCUGAGGCUUCUUAUUAUAUACAAAAUGUUCCCGGUUAUUAUAACACUUAUGUUGACAAUAGUGUGACCAGGGGUAUUAUUUUGAUAUUGCCUGAUUAUAACAUGCCUUAUAAUAUAUGUAAUCAACACGCUGGAUGUAUUUGUAAUGCCUGGGACCUCAAGUCUAGGGAUAAAUUUAAAAAGAUAACCUGCCAAAAAUGUUUAAUGUCUCUUUACAAAGAUGCACAUUCGUACAACAAGGAAACACCAUGUUUAUCACUCACCAAAUUAUUUAUUGCAGACGCUUUGAAAGCAGGAUUUAUAUGCGUGGAGAUACAUUUGAAUGUAAAUUUGGGUCUGCCGAUUCAUAUUAACGGACACUGGUUGGGUAUGACUUCCUACCCUUUCAGCAUAUAUGGGAAUUCAAUAUCUGACCUAGAUUGUGCCAUUGGCAGAAUUUCAAGCAGAUAUCCUCAUUUGCCUAUCCAAUGUGUUGGAUUUGCUGGUGGUUGCAAUAUUUUAAUUGAAUAUUUACUCAGGGCUAACGAUUCUAGGUUUGUUGAAAAAUUGAAUGAUGAACAAAAUAAUAGUAUGUUACCGGCCAAAGGAUUUGAGUUGUUGCAAAAACCAUUUGAAGGAAACACUAAAAAAUCUUCAAGUAGAUUUGGUGGUAAAAUCUCUAUUAAACAUGCUAAUUCACCAAAUGAUACUGAUGAAUCAUUCGAUUUAUCAAGUUCGGAGACUGACAACGAACGUGGAGAUGUUGGGAGUAAGAAGUUGGGGAUGAAUAGGUCUAGGAUGAAGAAGAAGCUCAGUGAAAAGUUUGGUGAAAAGCUCAAGAGCAAGAAUUCUGCCGAACAGAUAGAUCAUUUGGAGAGUAUAGACAGUGGCAUGUACCAGGAAGUAUUUACAGUUAAAGAAAAUGAUCAGCUCACUGAUGCAGUAACUAGCAAUGCUAAAGAUACUUUAGAUCUUUAUAAGAAAAAGAAUAAGAAUAAUAGAAAGAUCGUAAUGAUGAAGAGGCCUAAAAUCAGUGACAAGGGGCAGUAUAAGUCAAAAAUCGUCGAUGAGAAAUUCAAAGUAUAUUAUAACAAGGUGAUCCACUCUGCAUCGUGCAUAAAUUUGAAUUUAAAGGCUGGAAGCGAGUUCUUUCAUCUAGUUACUAGCACAUCUCAAAAGCAAGGCUUCUUUAAGAAGUACGAACUUUUGAAUGUUUUAUUUGGAAUAAUUAGGAAGUUGGUAUCCAAGGUUUUGAAUCUAAAUUUACUAGCUAAAAACUAUAAAAAUACCUGCAAAAAUGAGUUGCGUGAGAAUAUUGAACUGCUGUUACGGCGCAUCCAUUGCAGUAGGGAUGUAAAAAAUCUGGACAAAAAUUUGUGCAAAACCUACCAAUGUUGCCAUUAUUCAACAACGAUAUUUAAUAAUAUACAAAGCAUUUCAACCUUAAAUAGUGCCUCAGAUAAAGGAUUUGAAUCGCAAACUUUAUAUGCACUGCUUAUCUUAUUGCAUAAGGAAUUUUACGAAACUUACAGAGAGUCGUUAAAUAAUCAUACAGUUAUCUCUCGUUCAUCACUAUUACCUGUAAACAACACUAAUUGGACUCUCACGAUAGGUGAUGGAUAUUACUCCAAAUUUUCUGAGGGCUCUAACAAACUUUGCGGCCUGCUCAGUCCCACUGAUGACAUCGACGCGGUACUCCUCAAGCGGAAUCUACGAAAACUUUACGAUGAUAAUAUGAAAUUGGUACGCAAUUGUUUAGGAAGCAUUGAUUUGCCUAUCCUAUUCGUAUCAUCAUUAGAUAACUCGUUGUUUGGGAUCCAAGAUAUCGAUGUUUAUCAACCCAUACGUAAUUCGAACAUUCUACACUUUGUUACACAAUCUGGCGGAGAUUGCACAUAUUUGAGCGGUACAACAGUGCCUGCAUAUUGGCUCAGAGAUCCAAUAUUGGAGUUUAUUCAAGCAGCUAUUGCAAAUAAACAAGAGGCCAUAUUCAACUAG